AUGACGACCUCCGCGCUCCGUCGCCAAGUGAAGAACAUUGUGCACAAUUACUCUGAAGCAGAGGUCAAGGUGCGCGAGGCCACCAGCAAUGACCCCUGGGGCCCUCCCAGCUCGCUCAUGUCGGAGAUCGCUGACCUGACCUUCAACACAGUGGCCUUUGCCGAGGUCAUGGGCAUGCUGUGGCGGCGGCUCAACGACAGUGGCAAGAACUGGCGGCAUGUGUACAAGGCACUGACGCUGCUGGACUACCUGCUGAAGACAGGCUCCGAGCGCGUGGCCCACCAGUGCCGCGAGAACCUCUACACCAUCCAGACGCUCAAGGACUUCCAGUACGUUGACCGCGAUGGCAAGGACCAGGGUGUCAAUGUGCGUGAGAAGGUCAAGCAGGUGAUGGCCCUGCUCAAGGAUGAGGAGCGCCUGCGGCAGGAGCGUGCCCACGCCCUCAAGACCAAGGAGCGAUUGGCACUGGAGGGCAUGGCCAUUGGCAGCGGGCAGCUGGGCUUCAGCCGCCGUCACGGCGAGGACUACAGCUGCUCGCGAGGUUCCCCAUCCUCCUACAACUCCUCCUCCUCAUCCCCCCGCUACAACUCUGACCUGGAGCAGGCACGACCCCAGACGUCAGGAGAAGAGGAGCUGCAGCUGCAGCUGGCCCUGGCCAUGAGCCGCGAGGAGGCCGAGAAGCCAGUCCCCCCAGCCUCUCACAGGGACGAGGACCUACAGCUGCAGCUGGCUCUGCGCCUGAGCCAGCAGGAGCACGAAAAGGAGGUGAGGUCCUGGCGGGGAGAUGACUCCCCCAUGGCCAAUGGUGCAGGGGCUGCCAUCCGCCGUCGGCAGGACAGAGAGCCUGAGAGAGAAGAGAGAAAGGAGGAGGAGAAGCUGAGAACCAGGGAGUCCUCCAUCCUGGAUUUGGCAGACAUCUUCGCACCUGCCCCGGCCGCACCCUCCACACGCUGCUCUGCUGACCCAUGGGACAUCCCAGGUCUCAGGCCAAGCACAGAGGCCAGCGGCUCCUCCUGGGGGCCUUCUGCAGACCCCUGGUCUCCGGUCCCCUCAGGAAAUGUUCUGUCUCGAAGCCAGCCCUGGGACUUGACUCCUGCACUCUCCUCUUCUGAGCCCUGGGGCAGGACCCCAGUGCUGCCUGCCGGACCCCCCACCAAAGACCCCUGGGCACCUAACUCUCCCCACCGCAAGCUUCCCAGCACUGGGGCUGACCCUUGGGAGGCUACUAUGGAGAUGUCUGAUGCACUUGGUGGUACUUCAAACUUUGACCCAUUUGCCAAACCUCCAGAAUCCACGGAGACCAAGGAAGGGCUGGAGCAUGGCCAGGCCUUGCCCUGCAGGCAGCCCAGCAGCCCUGUGGAGCUGGACCUGUUUGGAGACCCCAGCCCCAGUUCCAAGCAAAAUGGCACGAAGGAGCCAGAUGUCUUUGACCUGGGUGUCCUCGGGGAAGCGCUAACCCAGCAUGGCAGGGAGGCCCGAUCUUGCCGGACUCCUGAGUCCUUCCUGGGCCCCUCAGCCUCUUCCUUGGUCAAUCUCGACUCACUGGUCAAGGCCCCCCAGGCUGCAAAGUCCCGGAACCCCUUCCUAACAGGUCUCAGCGCUCCGUCCCCCACCAACCCGUUCGGCCCGGGCGAGCAGGGCCGGCCACCCCUGAGCCAGAUGCGCACCGGGUCGCCGGCGCGGGGGCUGGCGGCGGGCGGGCUCGUGGGGGCGCCCCCGGGCUCCAUGACCUACAGCGCCUCCCUGCCCCUCCCGCUCAGCAGCGUGCGGGCCGGCGUGGCCCUCCCCGCCUCGGUCAGCGUCUUCCCGCAGGCCGGCGCCUUCGCGAGCCUGCCGCCGCCGCUGCUGCCCUCGUCGGGCUCGGCCGGGCCGCUGCCCGCGCCCGCGCAGGCCCGGACCAACCCCUUCCUCUGA